AUGUUACCCCCCAACCCAGGGCGCCUAAGCCGACUUGACCAGAUUAUGCCACCUACAUACAUCCUAUUUACGCUCAUAUUUCCCGUUGACGAUGUUACGGCCACAAUCAAUCAGCUAAAAGCCGGUACAUUGCUCCUGGAAUCAACUGUACCUUUCCUGUUAGGUCACGUUGGUUAUGGUGGACAGUCUGAGGAAGGAAAAGCAUGUCUCGAGAUACUGCCUUAUGUUGAAGGGGGCAAUCUGUCGAUUAUUACACACAUCCAAUACCUGGCCGCAUCGUACAGAGAUGUAUUUCCCACCAGCCACGCUGCAAACGGGGCAGUAGCCGAUCCGUCUCAUUUACCAUUGUCCUUUAAUCCGGUUCUGACGACACCAGCACCUAUUUUCCGUCUACAAAUUAAUGCUUUGAAAGAUGGUGUCAUUCUUGGGUUUGCCGUUAAUCAUGGUGUCAUUGACGGAACUGGGCUCGGCAUUCUAUUGCGGGAAUUUGGGGCUUGUUGUCGUUCGGCCAAAUCAGAUAACCCUAUCCCCUUGUCUGUUGGAAUACCCUCCGACGUGCAACUAACUACGCGGGCAUGGCUGGACGACUGCACAGCGCCUCCUAGAGAGCUGCAGAAGUACAAAGACGAAAAUGACGAAUUCAUCUGCAGCUCAGUGUCAUCCCAGCCUGUAGAGGGUCUAGGGUCUGUCGUGUCGGCGUCCAGAGGCUCGCUGUCGACACGCACGUUUGCCUUGGAGGGAAGGAUAGUCCAGGGCAUCAAGUCCAAUGUGAACAGGAUUAUCGGGGCACUCCCCAGUCUCCGAAACGCUUAUGCAGACGUUUCUUGGGUUUCAAGCAAUGAUAUUGUGGUGGCUCUGGCAUGGAUGAGUUUCAACAAUGCGCGACUGUUUGCGGGGGCUCAACCAUUGCAUGAUUGGAGUCAACCAGAUAAUAGCGCUCAGAAAUCAUCAGGUGGUAUCUCUUUCACAGUCAAUAUCCGAAAUCGGAUCGAGCCACCGCUCCCUUCCAGCUUCUUAGGCAAUGCUAUUCUCCCUGUCCGACAGCCGGUUCCUAACAAGUUACUGCUCCUUGGUGCUAGUGGUGACCAUGGCGAGUUCACUGAUGACCUAUGCCCAAACUCAGUCAUAUCAAUGAACAGCAAACGCGGAGAGUGCUAUAUAGGUCUCGCUUGUGCUGCACUCAGUGUCCGACAAAGGCUUAAUACCAUGGACAGCGACAAUGUAAGGCGUGUAUUGUCCUAUAUUAACGAACCCAUGUCUCCUAAGACAAUUGCAUAUAACUCAAUGGAUAUUUUGGUUACAAGCUGGCGGGAUAUGGGAACCUAUCAUGUUGAUUUUGGUGACCAUCUGGGCUACCCAAUGGAUAUGCGGGUGGCAGAUAUAGGGGUGGGAGGCAUGUUCGUUGUGUUGCCUAAAAGGAGAGCGCCAGAUGAGAAAUGGGAGGUCAAGGCUACAGCAGAACCAGACGUAAUUAAUCAUUUAUUUGAGGAUACACUUAGGGAGCUUGGCUCUAUAUGA